AAGAAGACAAUUGAUGGGUGAGGUGGCUGUGCUGUUACUCAGAAGAUUGAAUGUGGUUGUAGAAGCAGGGAUUUAAGGGAUAUCAUGAUUCAAAAUGGAUAAUGACACAUCUGGGUUUCUACUCUUGGAAUUCUCAAAGAUUUGGAAGCUACAGACUACAUAUGGAAUUCUAUUACUUAUACUGUAUUUAAUGAUAGUAACAGGGAACCUUCUCAUCAUUAUUGCAGUUGUUUUUGACCACCACCUACACAGCCCUAUGUACUUCUUCCUGAUGAAUUUAGCCAUGCAAGACAUUGGUUCUACUACAAUCAUUAUCCCCAAAGCUAUUUUCAAUUCUCUUAUGGAUAUCAGAUAUAUUUCAUAUUCUGGCUGCAUUGCUCAAGUUUUCUCAUCAAUCUUCUUUUUGAGCUAUUGUAUUUCCCUCCUUACUAUUAUGGCAUAUGAUCGAUAUGUUGCCAUUUGUAAUCCUUUACAAUAUGAAAUGAUCAUGAACAGGACAGCUUGCAUCAAAAUGGUUGGCAGUGUGUGGGUUGCCAGCUUCCUUAAUACUACAUUACACACUGUUGCAACAUUUACUACUCCUUUUUGUUCUAAAAAUAUUAACCAGUUCUACUGUGAAAUUCCACAUCUACUUAAAAUUAUUUGCUCUGGUUUAUAUGUAACUGAAUUUGGAAUUGUAGUAUUUACUGCUACAUUGGUAGUGGGUUGUUUUUUCUUCAUUGUUCUUACUUACGUUCAAAUUUUCUCUGCUGUACUGAGAAUCCCUUCUAUUCAAGGAAGGGAAAAAGCCUUCUCCACUUGUCUUCCCCACUUCAUUAUCCUCACCAUAUUUUUAUUUUCUGGCUGCUUUGCCUACCUAAGGACCAUAUCUGACAGUCCUUCACACCUUGAUUUCAUAAUUACAAUAAUGUAUUCCAUUAUUCCACCCAUUUUAAAUCCAUUGAUUUAUGGCAUGAGAAAUAAGCAGAUUAAAAUUGUUCUUACAAGACUUCUUAAUUUUAAGUAAUUUUGUAUUAAAGAAAUAUGAGCAGUGUAUUUAUUUAUUUAUUUAUAAAAAUUUGAAGAGAAAUCAGAGAGCAAGUAAGAGAGGUAAAUUUUACUAUGAGACAUUUAUCCCCUUAAUUUUGUAAGUUUAUUUAAUUUAUAUGUAUUUAUCAACCCAAAAUUGUUAUACAUUGGUUUUAUGACAAUUGUCUGUUAUAUGACUCUUCAGCCUCAAGACAUUAAUAGUUAAAUAAAAAAAUGAGCUAAGGAAAUGAUAGUGAAAUUUGAUUGAAUGAGACUGGAUAAUUUUUUUUUCUGCAACCAAUAGAUAAAAAACAUAUUAAAGCUGGUUUGAAUAUGCUGCUUAGAAUAUUUAUUUUAUUAUUUUUAUUAUUCUUCAAGAAAGACUUAUAUUGGUAUUUGGUAAAUUGUAAUAAUUUUAGGAAAUCCAUAUGAUGUGGUAAUCACCCAUAUCUUACAGGCAUAUAUAAAUAAAAAGGCAGAAACAUAACUAUUCCUUGUACAUUUAAUAUGUAUUUUGAAGUUCUUGUUCCCUUAUUACAACUGAGUUAAUAGUUAAACGGUCUUCAAACUCCCUACAGUCUAGUGAUGAAAUGUAUCUGUAAAAUAAUGUCAUAGAGAAAAUAUUCUGUAAAAAAUCAUGACUUAAAAAGCCUGCUUUCUGGCCUUCCUCCUGAGUGAGGAAGUCAUAAUAGGAAAAAGUCAUGGGAGUCAUAAUAAGCAUCUCUACAUAAAAGAUCAGAUGGACAGAUUUGAUUCACUACUGUAUGUGUUGCUAAAGGUAUCCUUGUGCUGCACAAUAAAGGUUUUAAAAAUUAUUGAUAUUUCUAUUGAAUUCAAAAACCUACUGGUAAUGAAGUGGAGACUUCAGAAUAAAUGCUCUUCUUAUUUGAUGUGGGGAUGGCCCAUCAGGAAUCUAGCUGCCACCUUUAGCUAUAAAUUAUUUAUGAGUGCCUGAGAUUUAUAAUACAAAUCACCUGGAUCUGCCCUGAAUUUCUACAAGAUAACUUUGCAACUUAAAGUCUUUGCACCAUCCUCUUAUAUUUUCAAAAAGUAAUGCUGUUGGUUUGAAUAAGCUGCUGGCAAAAGAAAUGUUUUCUCAGGACAGAAUACCUACCCAUAUUGAAGAAGCAGACAUUUUGUUAACGUCAUUGUUGGUACUCUAGCAAAAGCAUUUCAGUUUAUUGGGGUUUCAUGCAGAGUUAUGGUUUCAUGGGAUGAUGUAAUGAUAUCCUGAAAAAUAAAAUGUCCUAGCUUUGUAGUCAAUCUAAUUUUUGGUAAAAUCAAAUGUUUUGUUAAAAUCAAAUGUGAAAAUUUAGCACAAGCAUUUCAGCUUAUUGGGGUUCCAUUGUUCUCUUCAUGCAGAGUUAAGUUUUGUGGGAUGAUGUAAUGGUAUCCUGAAAAAUAAAAUGUCCUAUCUUUGCAGUCAAUCUAUUUUUUGUUUUGGAAAUAGUGCUAUAGAAGUUGUACAGACUUCCAGUUUGCCAUCGCAGCAGUCGCGGCCACUGGAAGGUAAGCUCCAUCUUCUGUGUUCAGUUUCGCUCCACUGGUGGAUCCUGGAAAGGGUCAAAAGUUGCCCUGUAGGGGCGACAAGCAAGGAGGGGACCCCCGCUUGAUCGCGGGAGGGCAGCAGCCCUUCUGCUAGAUCCAGGGCAGCCCUCCAAACCUGCGGAGGAAAGACCGGCCAUAGUAAUAUGGCCCAUCUCUAGGCUGCAGACAGUCGAAGUCAAACUUACCACCAAACGCUUUGAAAGCAACGCGGAUGAAACUGGAUGAGAUCUGAUCUUCUUUUUACUCUAAGUACUUCCUUUUCCUGUAAAAGCUGCCUGAAGUAUCUUUCCCCCUGUGAGGAGAAAGGGAAGGGAAUUUCUAUCCCACCCUCUA